CACCCACGAUGUGAGCAGUGCAGGGAUCAGUGUUGGAAGCAAUUCUGAAUCCAGACAACUGGAUUCAGAAUUCCAUGCAACGGGGAUGUGUGUGCCACCAUCCUGAGCUGGGCAGCUUCUUCAUUUACAAGCAUCAGCAGUUUGCUGUGUGUGGUGCCAAGCUGGCACUGCUCAGAGCUCUGUGUUACACGAGGAUGGAGGGUUUCCACACCAACAGCAGCACAUGGCCUCCCAGGGGGCUCCUGUUUGGCAGGGCUGGGCUGAGCCCAUGGGGAGAAGUGCUCUCAGGGUUCCUCAGCCUGCUGCUGCAACCGAGAGUGGAAGGGCCUGGCUCUUGGACCCUGAUGCCAGACCAGAAGGAUAACUUCUGGGUGAUGAGCUGGUUCUGAUUGCCCAGUUCUGAUUGCAUCUGUUUGCCAGGUCCCAGCUGAGGUUGCUGGCGGGGACGAUGGCAGCUCACCAACAGCUCCUCCCUGCUCAAGGCCUGCUGCUCUGUGUCUUGGCUCUGCACUUCUGCACCCAGGGCCCUCUUGCCAUAGCAGGGCGCAAAGUGGUCAACAUGUCCAUAGCCGCCAACCACGCCUCGGUGGCUGCCACCAAAGCUUCUGUGGCCACAAAGCAGGCCUUGGUGACUGCUGCCAACAGCUCAGUGGUCGUCUCCAACCAGGCAUUGGUGGCCACCAAGCAGACCUCAGUGGCUACAACCAAUGCCUCAAUGGCCACCUCCAACCAGGCACUGGUGGCCGCCAAGCAGGCCUCAGUGGCCACCUCCAACCAGGCAUUGGUGGCCACCAAGCAGACCUCAGUGGCUACCACCAGUGCCUCGGUGGCCACCUCCAACCAGGCACUGGUGGCCGCCAAGCAGGCCUCAGUGGCCAUCUUCAACCAGGCAUUGGUGGCCACCAAGCAGACCUCAGUGGCUACAACGAGUGCCUCAGUGGCUGCCUCCAACCAAGCAUCAGUGGCCACCAAGCAGACCUUGAUGUCUGUCACCAGUGCCUCAGUGGCCACCUCCAACCAAGCACUGGUGGCCAUCAAGCAGACCUCAGUGGCUACCACCAAUGCCUCAAUGGCUGCCUCCAACCACACCUCAAUGACCACCACCACCUCGGUGACCAUCAGCCAGGCUUCAGUGGCUGCCAACGCCUCCAUGAACCAUACAGAACAAAUCCUGGUAAGGAGAGGGAAGGGGGCUGCUGGCCAUGCAGAAGCUCUGCUGCGCUGUGACCCCUGGCACGUCCUCCCCCCAGCUCAGCUGUCAGAGCUUCCAGUGCUUCGGGGAGAGGUGUUACCAGGAUGAGGUCCACAGCAACACGACGGCCACCUGCCACAAUGAGACCUUCUGCGAGCUUUAUCGUUUCUCCAGCACGAACUACACUGCGAGGUGCAGCAGUGUGUGCAGUGCAGAGCUGUGCAGGACCAAUGGCAGCAUGAUCCUACAACAGUGCACCAUGGAGUGCUGCAACACCUCACUCUGCCUGCAGCUCAGUGCAAGUUCCUAUGGUAACUGCUCCAUGGUUUAUCCCACUGCAUGUGAGAGAAAUGGGUGUGCAGACCCAUCAUGCUGGGCUGGCUGCAUCACUGCAGUUCCUCUGCCCCAUGGAGGCUGCACAUGGGCUGUGUCCUCAGGGCUCCUCUGUGCCCACAGGUGAUCUUCCCUCCACCACCGUGCCACCCACAACCACCAUCACCACCACCACGACCCCACGGCCCCCCCCACGAAAUGUAGGUACCCGAUGUGAUCUUUGUGCAAAAGCUGCCUCAAAAGGGGAACAAAUCCUUAAUGAGCUUUGCAAGGACAGAGAUGUAAGGGUGCUAAGCACACCAUCUGCAUUGCCCCAAGCAGCCCGAGCUGGCUGUGGGACAAAGUCUCCUCGAGCCACAGAAGGGGUGGGGUGGUGCUGGGGCACCCAAGUGAUGGGCUGGAAGGAGCUUUAUCUCUGCACAGCUCACUGAGAGGAAGGAAAAGGAGGUUUGAAACUUGUGGUGGUGUUGCAGUGAGGUUUCCUGCAGUGGCAGAUGGGAGCUGUCUCAUAUCUCUGAGUGUGAAAUGCUGCAGAGAGAUGAUGGCAAAUACUGAGAUGCAGUGGAGGUUUGGGAGGGCACUGUGGAAGGAAGGGCUGCCCGAGGUCCAGAUCUGGCCCUGGGCAUCCUGCUGCCUGCACCAGGCCUGCACAGGUCUCCUCUGCUCUUGUCUUGCAGGGAAAAAUCUGCGCAGCAUUCUCCUGCCAUGGGGAUGGAUGUUUCAAAGGCAAGAAGAGCACAACUAGAUGCUUUGUUGGGCACGAUUUCUGCGAGAUGAAGAAGACGGGCUUCAAUUACGUGGCAGGAUGCAGCAAAGCCUGCAAGGCUGCCAAGCCUGUCUGUGCCCAGGGGGUGAAGGC